CAUUUUUGGCUCAGUGGGGAGACUGAAACAGUGUUUCAAAUAUUUAGUGUGGGGUUCUUUAGGGUGUGGGUGGCUAAAUUGGGAGGCGGGGAGAGCAGGGAAUGUAGGGGGAGAGCCUUGAGGCUCAACAUGCAAGAGGACUUCGAUUACGAUGCCCAUACUAUUAAAGCCCCUAAGCGGGCUCGCUGGUAUACCCGCCUGUGGCCUGCAUGCCUAGGUCGUGGGUGCCUGUCCAGUAACAGGCAGGAAUUUCCUCUCUACUUGAUCGGGUAUGACCCUGUGGGACAGCUGCAAAGGGCGGCCAGCGUGGGUGAUGUAGCUUCAGUGGAGAGACUCAUCAACUUCCAUGGAUGCCAUGUGGACGAAUGUGACCGGAGGCACAGGACCUCCCUACAUUAUGCCUGUGCUCACAAUCACCCAGAUGUUGUAAGACUGUUAUUACUCUACAACGCCAAUAUUAACAUACUUGAUGAUGAAGGCUGCACGCCCUUGAUUAAGGCCACCCAGCGGGACAAUGUGGAGUGUGUUUCUGUAUUAUUAACACAGGAUGCUGAUCCCCAUGUGAUGGAUUUCAUUGGGAAUACGGCCCUCCACCAUGCUGUUUCCAGGGGUAACACAACAAUUGCCAGCAAACUGCUGGAAUGCAAUGCAGAUAUUGAAGGCAAAACAGAGUAUGGGUUGACACCAUACAAACUUGCCUUAUUUGAAAACCAACACCAGAUGGCAGAGUUUUUAAUACAGAAUGGUGCGAAUGCACACUCGGUGGUUCAGUCAAAGAGUGUGGGAACAUCUCCAAAAGCCCAAGAGCAGGGAAAGAAAGAGCAUGAAAGAUUCAAAAAUGAAGUACAUUACAGUACAGGCAUGAUGCCUUUUUGCAGUGGAUUAACACCACCUACACAGCUAAAAUCAAUACUCAAGAAGUCUGAUCACCUUACUACAGCUAGUGGAAGAAUACAACACAAGAUGUCAUUCUGUGUAGGGACAUCUUCAAAAAAGCGAGAACAGAGAAAGAAAAAGCAUGUAAGAUUCAACAAUGUAUUACAAGUACGUCACUGCACUGACUUGAUGCCUUUUUGCAGGCUCUCUCAUGAACCCAAUGCUCCUGAAUCUAUAAGAGAGGACAAGGAUAGAUCCUCUGUUUCUAAGGAAAGACGGAAACAAAAUUCACAUACUGAAAAGAUGGACAGAAAAAAGAAGGGUCUGACAGUUUGCAAAUCUGAAAUGAACCUGUGUGGUUUGGGAGACAGACCUGAAAAGAAAACGUUUCUCAUGGAUGAAGAAAAGAAGGCAGAACCUUUUCCUAACACACCUGAUGAUCACGGCAUUGCUGUGCCCCAGCCUACUGCCCACAUUGGGCCAACAUUUUCUUUAGGCACCGGUGAUAGUGGUGAAAUUUUUGAGGCACCUAAAAAAAAGGACUUUGGUGCCGUUCAUGAUCGCAAGCUUCCUUUAGCAUACAUGCCACUGCUCCUCCUAACAACAUUGGUGUGGCUUCUGAUAUUCAUCAUCUCAGUGGUGACAUGGAUACUACAACAAUUCAACAGGUGCUGGAAAAAGAAGAUUACCCAGGAGCUACCAGGAAGCAAAAGGGUGAUAGAGUUGCAGAUGAUUAGUUCUUUAAAAGAAGACCUAUCGUGAUCUGCUUAACUCAACUGACAAAUCCAUCAGAAAGAUUUUAUUCUAUAUACACAUUUUAAAGUUAAAUGUUUCUCUAAAAG